ACUGCAGUGCUGUACCUACAUGCAUGCACAUAACUGUUUUCCCUCCUCCCUCCCUCCCACUCUCUAUCCCUCUCUUCAUCCCUCUCCUCCAGGCUCCUCCUCCCUUCUUCCUUGAACAGUACUCGGAAUCCCGCUCCCUGCCUUCUUCUCCUCUUCUCUACCCUCCUCUCGUAUCCCCCUGCUUGUUCAAAAUCUUCUACUCCUCCUUUCCACUCGUCGCUCCUACAUGCGCCUGACCUGUAGGAUGUGGACCCCUGCUUUUCUCCACCCUCCUUCCAUGCAUGCGACACAUCAGCGACCAGAAGAUUAGUUAUGCGAUCACAAGCUCCCACACUGGCAAUUUUCAAAGGAAAAUAAAUAGACAAAUAAAUAAAACAUAAAUAAAACCCCGCCACCAAUGAGAGAC